UUGUUCAAUAAAAAAAAAAUACAAUCUUUUAAAAAAAUAAUAUAAAAACAGUAAAAAUUAAAUUUAAUUUAAUUAACCAUUCAGCAGAUGGCAAAAAUGGCCUACUUGCUGUCUGUGACGUCACUCACAAACCUUUAUUCUGAAAAUAACUAACCGGAAGUUGUAUUUUUCUUUCUAUCCGGUGAAAAUAGGGACGUGGACUUCAUUCACAGAUACAAAGUUAUAUAUCUAUGACUCGUAAAGUUACCGCCGUGUGACUGACGGUUCUCUGGUAAUGUAGGCUUCUGUUAUUAAAGGCCUGUCCUCUAGUUUUAACAGCAACGAGGAGGUAACAGCUUCACUUCCGGUUCUGUUUGUUGGUCUGAAACUGAGAGUUCACUUCAGGUGACAUUAAGUCCACAUCUCUAACAUGGUUUACAACAAAGAGACUGAGUCCGAGCCUCGGAUCUACAUUUAUACCAGAACCUCUUCUGCAGUUCUGACUCACUUUCUCUGUCUGGGCUUCACUGUGUUCAUCGCUGUUCUGUCUCGACCAGGAACAAGUUUGUUUUCCUGGCAUCCUUUCCUCAUGACACUAGCUUUCUCCUUCUUCAUGACAGAAGCCAUACUCCUGUUCUCCCCCCAUGGUUCCCCAAUCAGGAGGUUCCCACACAAGACAAAAGGCCGUGUUCACUGGAUCCUGCAGUGCCUCUGUGUGUCCUGUGCAGUCCUGGGCCUGACAGCCAUCUUUUACAACAAACACCUGAACGGUAAACCCCACUUCACCUCGUGGCACGGUCUGCUGGGCCUGCUCACGGUGUGCGUGGUGUUGCUGCAGUCUUUGGCAGCUGUGCCUCUCAUCUACCACUCUCUGGCCAAAGGCUGGUCCUUGGCCAAACUCAAACGCUACCACGCGGCGUCCGGACUCGUCACAUACUUGCUGGCCAGCGGCACCCUGCUCCUCGGCAUCAGCUCUGCCUGGUUUACUGCAGCUGUCGGGGAAUUCACCUGGUACCUGUCAGCGCUCUGCUGUGCUCUCAGCGCCCUCGUCAUAAUGAGCCAAGUCACCAGUGCGUACACGGCUAAGAAACGGCUGCAGUCCUGAGUUGACGGAAGACACGGUAUUGACACUUUAACGAAACACUCACUGAAUAUUUAUGCAAUGUUUGCCUCAGAGAUUUUAUUAAUCACAUGCAAUCGGUUUGAUUUGCAUGAAAGUUAAAAAGGAACUGCAGCUGCACGCCUCUUUGAAGGUCUUAUCAUAUCAUGAAGUGCCAAAUGUGGAUAAGGAAAUUAAUUUCUGUUCUUGCCUUUUUUCCUUACAUGGUAUACACAGGACCAUUGAGGACUGAGAUCAUGUCUUUGUAUUUCUCUUCUCAGGGUUUGGGUGGUGUUCAAUAGAGGUGCGAUGGUUCAACAAGCCCACGGUUCAGUUUGUAUUGUGCUUUUUGGGUCACAGUUUCGGUUCGGUUUGUUUUGCACAUUAGGGAGAAGACAAACAGAAGCAUUUCCAAUGUGUUUGAACUCCAAAAUAUAUAAUAGAUGCAUAGCUAGAUUGAUAGUAAUGAAUAUUCAUAUAUUAUAAUGAAUGAUGUUUCCAUAUCAUAUGAAGCCAUAACACUGAUUUUAUACAUGACAUAAGGCAGGAAGUAGGCCAAUGUUCAGAUAGAUGCCUCUUCUAUGUCUCUGGCACCUCAUCAGAAGAUUAGCAGGCCUGUGUUUAAUAGUGGUGCAACAUUUCGGUUUGUAUCUCAUUCAACGGUUCGGUUUUAACAUCCUUUAGUGUUUAAUGACGUGAGUUUUUUUUUUUUUUUUUUUACAUUUAAACACAUUUCACACGUUGGGCUUUAGUUUAAGACCAAAACCUUCCAAAGUUAAAGACAUUCCCAUCAGCCUCAGCUCUACUGUAUGUUUACUGCUAAUUAGUAAAUGUUAGCAUGCUAACAUGCUUAAACUAAACUAACUUUUUGCCGAAAAUCUCCUUAGGUUUAGGCAACAAACCUAUUUGUUUAGGUUUAGGAAAAGAUUGCGGUUUAGAUUAAAAUGAACCCUUUCUGGCAGAAAGCCCUGACGGCAAAAACUUCUUGUGCGUAAACACUAAACCUGCUAAAUAUCAGUAUGUAAGCAUGCUAGUUUUAGCAUCAAGUAUCGUUGUGCAGCCUUACAGAGCUGCUCGCAUGGUUGUAGACUCUUAUGUUUUAGAUUAACUGCUUGAAAUGUGACUGAGUUUUUGUGCCAAAAUCAAUUAAUGAAAUAAUAAAAAUAAAUUCUAAGCUAACAAAAACACUUUGUUUCAGGUGAUUAUACA